GUGACACAAUGCAACAAUGUUCAGUGGCAAGUUCAAGUAAGGGAGGUUUACAUUGGUGACCCAGUGACUCUCUACUGUGUUUUCUCAGAAAUAAUAUACAAUAGGGGAAACAUGUUCUGGUUCAAGCAAAUAAUGGGGGAAAUCCCUGAAGUUGUUGCAAGGAUGCAGAAAUUUCAGUCCAGGCCUGAACUGUACAAGGAAUUUAAAAAUUCACAUCUCAAUGUGGAGAAGGCUGAAGCUGACGGGACAUAUCGUCUUACGAUCCCAAAGAUGGAACCAAAGGAUGAAGCUAUUUACUAUUGUGCAAGUAGGAUAGAAUAUGCUGUAAACUUUAUCAAUGGGACUGUUUUAGUAUUAAAAGGUAAUGAGAAGAUAUUAAUGCCCUUUAUUUUUUGUUCAUGAUUCUUAUCUUCAUAUGUUUUCUAUGUGUCUGUGUGAUUUUAUACAUUCAUGUGCAUUUGAGAAAGUGUUGUUUCAGAUUGAUUUAUAUGAAACUAUAAAUGUAUCAUUUAGGUAAGAAUCACCAGAUGUCUGAUUACAAGACCGUGGUACAGCGGCCAAUGUCUGACCCAUUCCACCCAGGAGAAAAUGUGACUCUGCAGUGUACAGUACUCUCUGAGACCUGUACAGGAGAACACAGUGUGUACUGGUUCAGAGCCGGAUCAGGUGAAUCCCAUCCAGGAGUCAUUUACACCCCUGGGAACAGGAGUGAUGAGUGUGAGAAGAGCCCUGAGACUCCCUCUCCUACAAAGAGCUGUGUCUACAACCUCUCCAAGAACAACCUCAGUCUCUCUGAUUCUGGGACUUACUACUGUGCUGUGGCCACAUGUGGGGAGAUCCUGUUUGGCAAUGGAACAAAAUUGGACAUGGCCACUAUCAAGAAAUGGAACAAGUCAGGUAGAAUCAGUUUAAUUGAAGUGUAUGGAUUUGGAUUAAAAUUUUUGUCAGUUUAAUACAGCAGGAAAAUGUGAUUCAUUUUGUGGAUUAUAAUUAAUGGACAUUUUUGUAGGUGUUGAUAAAAAAUGUUUUAGGGCAAACGUAAGAGUGAUCAAAUUAAGAUCUUACAUCUGUAGGCCUAACUAAUCUGGCAAUCUAUUUAUGAAUUUUCUUGGGUAAAAAUUUUGAUAGACAUUUUUAUUUUUGUUGCAGAAAAGGCUCUGGUAGUGGUUGUUGUAGGUUUGGCAGUGGCGUUGGUGUUGUGUGGGAUUGGGAUCAUCUUCCUUGCCUGCAACAGAAGUAAAGAGCAAGUCUGUGAAAAUUGCAAAGGUAAGCAAUACAAUUAUGCUUACUUUUGCCACCCUGAAGUUACAGUAGUUUUGAAUUGCUAUGGAUAUUUAUCUUGUCUUUCGUCCCUGUCUGAUGAAAACCUUGUAACUCCAUUUUUGCCAAUGUCAUGUUUUUUACAUUUAUUGAAACAUGGUAAUUUUUCCCAUUUCCUGAAAAUGUUUUGGAGAUAAGAUGUUUUCAUCAGACAGCGACGCUUUGUUUGAUUUAAUUGUUGUUUUCUAUUGAAGCAGUAGGUACCUGUCCAGGAGGCAGACAUGACGGAUUAAGGGGAGAACAGGUAUAUCUACAUUGUGAAAUGGUUCAAUUCCAAUUUUAAUGUGAAAUUCCUCAAUGACUCUACUACAUAGCUCACGAUAACCCUUGAAAACUACUCUAUGUGAUGAAUAAUGAGCCAGUAAUUAUAUAUUUUCCAACCAAUAUGUGGCCUACUGUUUGUAUUUCUGUGAACAUAACCUUUAAUGGUUUGAAAAUGUAAUAUGAACAACAUGUAACUGACAAGUAUUUAUAUGUAAUAAUCAUGGUGUUACUAUGUUUCUAAAAUAUGUUCCUCCUUAGGCUCAAGAUGGAGUUACGUUGAAUUAUGGUGCAUUGAAUUUCUCUGAGAGGAAAACUAAAAGAGGAAGAAAGAAGAGAGAGACACCACAGGAGAGUGUGUACUCUGAUGUCAGGUUCUCAGAACGGGAG